AUGAAUGGGAAGGAUUAUUUAAAAUCUUACGGAUGGAUAGAAGGUGAAGCUCUUAGGAAAGGUGGUUUAAAGAAACCGAUACUGGUGAAAUAUAAGAAAGAUACAAAGGGUCUUGGUUGUGCACCUGGUAACGAUGACAGUGAAGCAUGGUGGGAACGAUUGUUUGAUGGACAUUUAAAAAAUUUAGACGUGUCUAAUGGUGGUAAGAAGGAAGGUAUUACAUUUAACCAGAAAGAGAAAGUUGUUGCGACAGCUAUCUCUAAGCAAUCAUCACCAUUAUAUAGAAGGUUUGUUAGAGGAGUUGGAUUGAAAGGUACCAUUGAUAAUGAUCUUGGUGAAGAAGCAACGCAAAUGAUAGUUUCAGAUAUGUCCUCUUCUAAGAAGAAAAGUGAUAAAAAGAGGAAAAGAGAUGACGAUGAUUAUGAUGAUAAAUUGGCAAAACGAACUAAGAAAAUAAAAAAGAGUAAGAAGAAAGACAAGAAAAAGGAUAAACAGAAGGCUAAGAAGGAAAAGAGAGCUAAAAAGGAUAAGAAGGAAAAGAAGCACGAAAAAAAGAAGAAUAAAAAGGGAAAAAAGGAAAAGAAGCGCUCGAAGAAAGACGAAAAAUUAUUGAUUAAUUAA